AUCAAUAUGCGCUCCGGCUCCCCGGUGUAAGAGCCUCUUCCUUUCGCACGGCCACAGACGCGGAGCCAGGGUUUUUCAUGCGGGCGGAGGCCAUGUCAGCCCAUAUUUCAUAUCCGACUCGGUCCGCGGCGGGCUGCUGACUUUUUUUAACCCCCGUCACCCCUCCACCCCUCCACCUCUCCACCUCUCCACCUCUCCGCGCAAUCAAUGGAUUUACUCUGAUUUUUGGAAAGAGCGCACCGGAACCGUCUCCACUGUUGCAGCUUUUGUAAACAACGGGGAGGGAAAAAGAGAGAGUGCGCGCGCGAGAGAAAGAGAGAAAUAACAAAACAAACAAUAACAACAACAACAACAAAACAGACGGGAAGGAGUGAUGUUUGCUCCGCACAGGGUCCGUCAGUUCCGCGUCUUGUCCGCGCUGGUCGUCGGUUCGAUUGUGUGCUGCGCGAAGAGCGUCAAAGAACAGAGCAACAUGUCCUUUGUAAAGGAGACGGUGGACAAAAUGCUCAAGGGCUACGACAUCCGACUGAGGCCGGACUUUGGAGGGGCCCCGGUUUCAGUGGGGAUGAGCAUAGACGUGGCCAACAUAGACAUGGUGUCAGAAGUCAACAUGGACUACACGUUGACCAUGUAUUUCCAACAGUACUGGAGGGACAAGCGUCUCGCCUACACAGGAAUCCCCUUCAACUUGACCCUGGAUAACAGGGUCGCCGACCAUCUCUGGGUCCCCGACACCUACUUCCUCAACGACAAGAAGUCUUUCGUCCACGGAGUCACCGUCAAAAACCGAAUGAUCCGCCUGCACCCAGACGGAACCAUUCUCUACGGCCUCAGGAUCACUACAACAGCAGCGUGCAUGAUGGAUCUCAGGAGGUAUCCGCUGGACGAGCAGAACUGCACUCUGGAGAUAGAGAGCUAUGGCUACACCACAGACGACAUCGAGUUCUACUGGAAAGGAGGCGAGGCGGCCGUAACCGGGGUGAUGCGGGUCGAGUUGCCUCAGUUCUCCAUCGUCGAUUACAAGUUGGUGUCCAGAAACGUCGUCUUUUCCACAGGUGCCUACCCUCGACUGUCUCUGAGCUUCAAGCUGAAGAGGAACAUCGGCUACUUCAUCCUGCAGACGUACAUGCCAUCGAUCCUGAUCACCAUCCUCUCCUGGGUCUCUUUCUGGAUAAACUACGACGCGUCAGCAGCCAGAGUGGCUCUAGGGAUCACCACGGUGCUGACCAUGACCACGAUCAACACCCACCUGAGGGAGACGCUGCCCAAGAUCCCGUACGUCAAGGCCAUCGACAUGUACCUGAUGGGCUGCUUCGUCAUGGUCUUCCUGGCCCUGCUGGAGUACGCCUUCGUCAACUACAUCUUCUUCGGGAGGGGCCCCCAGAUGCAAAAGAAGCUGGCGGAGAAGGCGGAGCAGGCCAACAACGAGCGGGCGGCCAAAUACGACGCCGCGAGGGCGGAGCCGCACGGCCACGGGAACAUCCUGCUGACCACGCUGGAGAUCCACAACGAGGUGGGGGAGGGCGAGAUCACCACCAGCUUGGCGGACAUCAGGAACUCUCAGUCCAUGGUGCAGCUGGACAGCACGGCCUCGUCGCACAUCCAGUACCGCAAGCAGAGCGGCGGGAUCGGGCCGCGCUCCGCCAACCGGCUCUCCCUGGACCGGGCCGCGCAGAUAAAGCGCAGCCGCCUGCGCAGGCGGUCCUCGCAGCUGAAAAUCAAAAUCCCCGACCUGACGGAUGUGAACACCAUCGACCGCUGGUCACGGAUCAUCUUCCCUUCGGUGUUCUCCAUGUUCAACCUCAUCUACUGGCUCUACUACGUCUGAUUGGACUGUGUUGUUGACAUGUCCGUUGUUGUUGUUUUUCUUUUUUCUUUCUUCCUUUUUUUGUGUCGCUUUUAUAUUUAGAGCGUGUCGAGUUAAAGACUUUGAGACGGAAACAAACUCAAAACAACCGACUGCUGCGUUUUGGACCGAGUUCUUGUCAACAUUGUUUUUAUAUUUGCAGUCUUUGAAUCCUUCGUACCCUUUUUAUUUUCUAACGUACGUACCGUAAUUGGGACUCGUGACACGUCAUUUCCCAACAUUUGCCCUCUCAGUAAUGUGUAUAUAGAGAGACACGAAGCCAGCAAGUAAAUAACUAAAUAAGUAUUUGCGAAAAAAUGAAAGCACUCCACAAAAUAACAGGUAACGCAAUGAUUUUUCUAAUCAAAAAAAAAGAAUUCAGAAACCUUUAUACAACACAGGUGGUCAGAUAAAUGCAGGCAAUUCCUAAAAGUCCAUUGAACAAACUAAUGUAUGUUUGACUGGUAUCCUAUGCACUAUUAAUGCAUGUAAUGAUCAACCAUAAUGGAACAAAUAACUCCUUUUCUGCCUUGGAUUAUGCCACAACUUUACAGAAGAUGUGUAUUUGUUUAUAGCAUCGUUAAUAUACAGAUUACCAUGUCACGCAUUGAUCUGGUGAACUUUUACCCAAACACAAUAAUUUAGAGUUGAGGGUUUUCUCCUCUGUUCAGGAUGACUGACUCAGGUUCUGAAACUUUUUGCUAUUUGACGUCUUGUUCUUGACAAAGAAAAGAGUCGCUGAAAUAUUCCUCUUUUUUUUGGGUAAUUUGAUAUGGGGAAAAAAAACAAAAGCACAAAUAUACGAAUAUAUAUACGAAUAAAACUGCCAUUUUUUCAGCAACAGCGCUUUAAACGAUAGCAUGACAGAAUUGCACUCAAAUUGAUCAAAACUUCCUCUAAAAAAAAUAAUUAUUUCAUUUUAAAUAGAAGAAAAAACUGCCACGGACCUUUUCGGGCGACACGGUUACGCAACCAAUGAAAUAUGAUAUUUUUGUACUGUUUGUGUCUUCAGGUAUUCAUUUGAUUUUCCUAACCUGUGUUGUUAUUUUAUUUCUUUGCUCAACACUAUCUCUGUUGUGGUGAUAGAGUGGAGGACUAAAACCUAUUUGUUGUACAUAAGUCCAGUGUGUAUAUACAUACAUGUGUACUGUAUAUACAACCCAAAAUGAAAAUGAUCUACGCAUUUCGUGAUUGUCAUACUGGCUAUUAAUUGUCAGAAAAAGAGAAGAAAAAAAGUUAACAAACUGACAGGUCAUUUACAAGCAUCGGUUUAGUUUUUGAGCAUGUGUGGGGCACUCUGAAUAUCUUCUCACGGCCACGUUGGAAUCCACUCUAAACACUUGUGGGUGUGCUCAGCCUGCGUUUCAGAGGUACCGCGUGACUCGCCGUGCAGCCGCAGUCUCAGACUCACAAGCACACACUAGCGCUGAAUGUACCAGAUCCAUUCUUUCAGGGAGAGGAUAAUGAGCCAUGGUCAUCAUUUCUCCAUCAGAAUGUAGUUCUCACGAGCGGCGAAGAAAAUAGAGGCGAGGAAAACAGAGUUUUUAAGAGCGAGCGCAUGUGCAUGUGUGUGUGUGCGUGUGUGUGUGUGUGAGAGAGAGAGAGCUGGUAAGAGGGCGUGGGCAGACCAUUUAUUCCACGAAAAAUAAUAAUAGUUUAGUGGAUAAAAAUAGCUCUGCUCGUCCCACUCUUGAAGAACUGCGGUCCAACCGAAGGUCGCCGAGCAAUCUCGCGGUUACGAGUCACGGCC